AUGGCUUUCACUAGCUCCUUCCUUAAGCCAAGCCAUUCUGUUGUUCCAUCUCACAAAUACAGAGUUUCAAGUCCUUACCAUGGUUACAGAAACCAGGUCUGUGUGAAGGCUUCGUCGAACAGUGGUGAUGGUGAAAGGACUGUUAUAGGGAAAGCAAAAGAUGAAUGGACGAUCAAAUUCUCUAAUGAGAAACCAUUGACACCAUUGUUGGAUACAAUUAAUUAUCCAUCUCAUAUGAAGAAUCUGUCCACAGAGGAUCUAGAGCAAUUGUCAGCAGAACUAAGGGCAGACGUUGUUCAUAGUGUGUCAAACAGUGGUGGGCAUCUUAGCUCAAGUUUGGGAGUGGUGGAGUUAUCAGUGGCUCUUCAUCAUGUUUUCAGCACACCUGAUGAUAAGAUCAUUUGGGAUGUUGGACAUCAGGCAUACCCUCACAAGAUUCUGACAGGUAGAAGGUCAAGGAUGCACACCAUUAGACAAACAUCUGGACUAGCAGGUUUUCCUAAAAGGGAUGAAAGUGUUCAUGAUGCUUUUGGUGUAGGACACAGUUCCACAAGUAUAUCAGCUGGUCUUGGCAUGGCAGUUGGGAGGGAUAUAUUGGGAAAGAGCAACCAUGUGAUUUCGGUGAUUGGAGAUGGAGCAAUGACUGCAGGCCAAGCUUACGAGGCCAUGAACAAUGCAGGAUUCCUUGAAUCUAACAUGAUUGUUAUUCUGAAUGAUAACAAACAAGUUUCUUUACCAACUGCAACACUUGAUGGCCCUGCCACACCAGUUGGAGCACUUAGUAGCACUUUAAGCAAAAUUCAAGCAAGCAGAAAAUUCCGCAUAGUUAGAGAAGCUGCAAAAAGCUUCACAAAGCACUUAGGAGGACCAACACACCAAGUUGCAUCAAAAGUAGAUAAGUAUGCAAGAGAUUUUAUUAGUGGUACUGGUUCUUCUAUCUUUGAGGAGCUUGGUUUAUACUACAUUGGUCCUGUCGAUGGUCAUAGCAUCGAAGAUCUAGUAGGCAUAUUCGAAGAAGUGAAAGCAAUGCCAGCACCAGGUCCGGUUUUGAUUCAUAUUGUCACAGAAAAAGGAAAGGGAUAUGCCCCAGCUGAAGCAGCAGCCGAUAAAAUGCACGGUGUUGUCAAGUUUAACCCAAAAACAGGCCAGCAGUACAAGCCAAAACCUCCUACACUUGCAUACACGCAGUACUUCGCUGAAUCGUUGAUAAAAGAAGCUGAAACAGACAAUAAGAUUGUAGCAAUUCAUGCAGCAAUGGGUGGUGGAACUGGCCUAAACUAUUUCCAGAAUAGGUAUCCAGAUCGUUGUUUCGAUGUUGGGAUAGCCGAACAACAUGCUGUUACAUUUGCAGCAGGGUUAGCUGCUGAAGGUCUCAAACCAUUCUGUGCUAUCUAUUCAUCAUUCCUGCAACGCGGAUAUGAUCAGGUAGUUCAUGAUGUUGAUCUUCAAAAACUACCUGUCCGAUUUGCGAUGGAUAGGGCUGGUUUAGUCGGUGCUGAUGGACCAACUCAUUGUGGAGCAUUUGAUAUCACUUUCAUGGCUUGUUUGCCUAACAUGGUUGUCAUGGCUCCAUCUGAUGAAGCUGAAUUGAUGCACAUGGUUGCAACUGCAGCAGCUAUAGAUGACAGACCAAGUUGCUUCAGAUUUCCAAGGGGUAACGGAAUUGGAGCCAAUCUUCCUCUCAAUAACAAAGGAACUCCACUUGAGAUUGGAAAAGGUAGAAUUCUGAUAGAAGGAAGCAGAGUUGCAAUUUUGGGAUAUGGCACUAUGGUUCAGCAAAGCAUGAAAGCAGCAGAAAUGCUUAGAGCAGUAGGGGUUAAUGUGACAGUUGCUGAUGCUAGGUUUUGCAAACCUUUGGACACAAAUCUCAUUAGGCUACUAGCUAAAGAGCAUGAAAUACUCAUCACUGUGGAAGAGGGUUCUAUUGGUGGUUUUGGAUCACAUGUUUCUCAAUUCUUAAGCCUAGCCGGUCUCCUUGAUGGACCACUUAAGUGGAGAGCAAUGAUGCUUCCUGAUAGAUACAUUGACCAUGGAUCACCCAAUGAUCAGAUUGAAGAAGCAGGUCUUACAUCAAAGCAUAUUCUGGCCACAGUCUUGUCCCUAUUGGAAAUGCCAAAAGAAGCUCUUUUGUUUAAAUAA